AUGAGAAGUAUAUACACAGGCAACUGGUUCAAGUGCUCUGUCACACUGGCCUUUGUGCUGCCCUUCUGUAUCGAUGGAUAUGCCAUGACAAACUGCACUGUCAAAGGUUCUUUGAAGCACACGGAGAGUCUGACGGUGAUCUGCACUAAGAAGGGUCUCCGUGCUUUGCCAAAGGACAUACCUCAUGACGUGAGAAUCUUAGACCUUUCUAGCAAUGAGAUGCAAAGGAUCAAGAGGAGAGAAUUGGAACGCUACAGGGAUCUCCGUCACUUGAAUGCUUCCAAAAACCAGAUUCAGGAAGUGGAGGAUGGAGCUUUCAAAAGUGUGCCAGCCUUGAAAGAGUUGAACCUUUUCAGUAACAGACUGACUCGUCUCUCGAAGGGAGUUUUUCGUGACCUGGGUAACCUCACCGUGCUGCGACUUGAUGGAAACAUAAUUACGACCAUAGAACCUUCUGGGCUGUCUCUGCUGACCAGUUUAGUGAUAUUAAAUUUGACUGGGAACCAUCUGCAUCGUAUACAAGCAGUACAACCCCUUUUUACUUUAUCAUCAGUACAGGAAUUGUACAUGGGGAGGAACGAGUUCUCCUCUUUUCGGUCAUUAGAAGUCUCAAAUACAUCCACAAAGCUGAAGGUUCUGGAUUUGUCACACAAUCCUUUGCAGUUCUUCCAGAUUACAACCGAUGUUCUCCCUCAUCUGGAAACGCUGAACCUGGGUUUCAUUAAAGGAAGCCUGAAAUGGGAUAUAAAGCUGAAGGAUUCUUUAAGAAAGGUCGACGAGCUGAAUUUGAGUGGAUUCGGGAAACGUUUAAAAGGGACGAAAAGCGUCCUGCAGUCCUUUUACCCAUCUUUGACCACCUUGACACUCAACCACGUGGGUCCAAAAGAGGUGAGGCAGUUCAUUAACGCUGCCUGUUUGAUUCCCCCACUGAGAGUUUUGCAUCUGAAGUUUAACAACAUUGUUUCUUUAUCAAAGCCAAUGCUCCAAAAGUGCACCGGGGUGACCACAUUGGACUUGUCUCAUAACUCUCUUAAACACUUUACAAGAUUGGCCUUCAGGCCGAUGAGAAGCCUAACCUCCCUAAAUCUGUCCCACAACAAGAUAACCAAUGUUCCCCCUGCUCUUGGGAAAUUAACCUCCUUGGAGUUUCUCGACCUCAGUUCCAAUGCCAUCAGUUUACUCGGGCGACUGGAGUUUGCCAACCUAACUCAACUCAGAAUCCUCUGCCUUUGUGAAAACAAUAUCUUCAUCUUAGAAUAUGGUGUUUUUAACGAUCUGAAACACUUGGAGGUUCUCCGAUUGGGGGGGAACAAGAUUCUUUCUUUAGCGGGAAUUUUCGAGGAGGGGAACCUGCCGAAACUUAGACGUCUGGAGUUACAAAACAACAAACUGAACAUGAUCUGUAGAAAUGAGCUGAGAGGUUUGGUGUCCCUCACUCAUCUGCUUUUAAGAGAAAAUCAAAUUACCAAAAUAGAGGAGGGGGCUUUUGAGGGACUCCGGACAUUGACACAUUUGGACCUCCAGUCAAAUGAGAUCUCCCAACCCUCAUUACGACCUUCCGUAUUCUUUGGACUUACACAACUACGAGUACUAAAAUUAAACAACAACUAUAUAUCAUACUCAUGUCAGAAAAGUCUGAGGGAUCCGCCUUUUCUUUUUCUAAAGUCUCUGCAAACGCUGGACAUCUCUAAUCAAAGACAUAAAAUGAUCUCUGAGCUGCCGUCCAACUUUCUCGAGGGACUAACAUCCUUGCAGUCGUUUUUGGCAAACAAUAACAACCUCAUAUCACUUUAUCCAGACAUUUUCAUUAACAGUUCUAAAUUGGAGUUGCUGGACAUCAGCCAAAACGACCUCAGUUCAAUAGCUCCGGAGGUAUUUUGGCCAAUCUCGAAACUCCGAAAGCUCUAUGUAUCCAGAUCCGACAUACGAUCCGUGAACUUUCUUGUGCAAGCGAAUCUCACAGAGAUAUGUUUGCUGCAAAUGAGCAAAAAUAAAAUGUCAGUCAUUAACGAGACAGUGAUCAGGUCUCUCCCAAAGCUGACGUAUCUUGACAUGCAAGGAAAUGCUUUCAGCUGUGACUGCGGCAAUGCCUGGUUUGUCAACUGGGCAGCAACCAACAAUGACACGCAAGUUGUCAACGCAUACACAUACAAGUGCAAUUACCCUUCCAAACUUCGGGGAAAAAAACUGCUACAUUUCGACGCGGAGUCAUGCAAUAUGGACGUGGGGUAUUUUUGUUUUACCUCCACCAUGUGUCUGAUCCUCCUGAUUCUGUUACUCUCUUUCUUCUACCAGUUUCUAAAGUUGCAAGUCGUCUACGCCUACUAUCUCUUCUUGGCUUUCCUAUAUGACUCCAAACUGAGGAGGCUUCAGGACUCCCAGGGAUACCUGUUUGAUGCUUUUGUUUCCUACAGCACUCAUGAUGAACUCUGGGUUAUGAAGGAGCUCCUACCUCAGCUGGAGGGUGAGCAACGCUGGAAGCUAUGCCUGCAUCACAGGGACUUCCAGGCGGGAAAACCCAUCGUGGACAACAUAGUGGACAGCAUUUACAGAAGUCGGAAAACCAUCUGCGUGAUUAGCCGUCACUACCUGAGGAGCAACUGGUGCUCAAAGGAGGUCCAGGUUGCCAGUUUCCGGCUCUUUGAUGAGAAGAAGGACGUUCUAAUCCUGGUAUUCUUGGAGAACAUUCCGGACCAUCAGCUUUCUCCGUACUGCAGGAUGAGGAAGCUGGUGAAGAAACACACGUACCUCAGCUGGCCAAAACUUGGACAGGAUACCCGUGUGUUUUGGCAGAAGUUAAAAGUGGCCUUGGAGAGCGGGGACAGUUUGAAUGAGGGGAAUGCCAUUCUGUCAGAAUGA